AAGGAUCUGUACAAGGUUGUCAUGAUGGAGGAUCACCGGCCCCUCACAUCACCAGUUAAGGAAGAGAGAAGAACACCGGAGAGAUGUCCCAGUCCUUUUCUUCCUCGGGAUGGGUCAGAAGAACGUCACAAUGUUCCACUGGAUGAUCAGGUAGAUGGAGCAAAGGACGUCAUGAUGGAGGAUCACCGACCCCUCACAUCACCAGUUAAGCAAGAGAGAAGAACACCAGAGAGAUGUCCCAGUCCUCUUCUUCCACGGGAUGGUUCAGAAGGACUCAUUUUACUGUCAGAUGACUGUACCAGGAGCUCAGAGAAACAUCCGAAAGCUUCAGACUUUAAAGCAGAUAAUCAUGGUUUCAAGCAAGAUACAUAUGAAGAGCAUGCCAUUAUCUCAGAUAAACUCUCAGCCUUUAACAGCAAAGAUCCAUCAUCUGAUCCUUUGGAUCAGUUCCAAUCUUCUGAUUCAUCACUGCAAAAUAAAAGUAACAGAAGGAGUGAACAUGAAAGAACUCACACUGGGAAGAAGUCAUUUUCCUGUUUAGAAUGUGGAAAAUGUUUUAACUAUAAAUCAAAUCUUGUUAAACAUGAGAGAAUUCACACAGGAGAGAAACCAUAUUCAUGUUCAGAAUGUGAAAAGCAUUUUAGCCGUAAAUCAGCUCUUGUUAUACAUGAGAGAAUUCACACAAGAGAGAAGCCUUAUUCAUGUUCAGAAUGUGAAAAGAAUUUUAGCCGUAAAUCAGCUCUUGUUAUACAUAAGAGAAUUCACACAGGAGAGAAGCCAUAUUCCUGCUCAGAAUGUGAAAAAUGUUUUCACCAGAAAUCAGAUCUUUUGAAGCAUGAGAGAAUUCAUACAGGAGAGAAGCCCUAUUCAUGUUCAGAAUGUGAAAAGCAUUUUAACCGUAAAUCCGCUCUUGUUAUACAUAAGAGAAUUCACACAGGAGAGAAGCCAUAUACCUGCUCAGAAUGUGAAAAAUGUUUUCACCAGAAAUCUGAUCUUUUGAAACAUGAGAGAAUUCAUACAGGGGAGAAACCAUUUUCCUGUUCACAAUGUGGGAAAUUUUUUAAUCGGAAAUCACAUCUUUUACAACAUGAAAAGGUUCACACAGGUGAGAAGCCAUUGUCAUGCGCAGAAUGUGGAAAAUGUUUUAACUAUAAAUCAGAUCUUAUUAUACAUGAGAGAAUUCACACAGGGGAAAAACCAUUUUCCUGCUUAGAAUGUGGGAAAAGUUUUAAUCAUAAAUCUAAUCUUGUUGCACAUCAAAGAAAUCACACAGGGGAGAAGCCAUUUUGCUGUUUAGAAUGUGGGAAAUGUUUUACAGAUAAAUCACAACUAGUUAGACAUAAGAGUGUCCACACAGGGCAGAUGCCAUUUUCCUGCUCAGAAUGUGGAAAAUGUUUUAGCUAUAAAUCAAAUCUUAUUAAACAUGAGACAAUUCACACCGGGGCAAAGCCAUUUUCAUGUUCAGAAUGUGGAAGAUAUUUUAACUCUAAGUCAAAUCUUGUUAAACAUGAGAGAAUUCACACAGGAGAGAAGCCCUAUUCAUGUUCAGAUUGUGAAAAGCAUUUUAGCCGUAAAUCACAUCUUGUUACUCAUCAGAGAAUUCACACAAGGGAUAAGUUAUUUUCCUGCUCAAAUGUUGAAAAAGGUUUUAACCAGAAAUUGGAUCUUAUUAAAAAUGAGAAAAUUCACACAGGGGAGCAGCCAUUUUCCUGUUCAGAAUGUGGGAAAUGUUUUAAAAGUAAGUAUUAUCUUGAUAGGCAUGAGAAAAUUCACACAGGGGAGAAACCAUUUUCGUGUUCAGAAUGUGAGAAAUGUUUUAACCGCAAAUCAAAUCUUGUUGAACAUGUAAAAAUUCAUAGAGGGGAGAAGGCGUUUUCUUGUUCAGAAUGUGGGAAAUGUUUUAACCGGAAAUCAAAUCUUGUUAUACAUCAGAGAAUUCACACAGGGGAGAAGUGUAAACAGCGGAGGCAGUUCGAAGAACCGGAGAGGCGGAGAACAGUUAAGAAAGAGAUAAGAACACCGGAGAGAUGUCCCAGUCCUCUUCUUCCACAGGAUGGUUCAGAAGAACAUCACAAUGUCCCACAGGAUGAUCAGCUUCUGAAUCCGGGUGAAGAUCUGAACAUUAUAUAUGUUACAGAGACACAUCUGAGGGGAGAGGAGCAGAGUAUAGGGGACAUUCCUACAGAUAACCGCCCAGAGAGGAGCACAGAGGAUACAUAUGAAAAGCAUGUCACCAUCUCAGAUGUAUUCUCGGCCUUUAACAGUAAAGAUCUAUCAUCUGAUUUUUUGGAUCGGUACCAAUCUUUUGAUUCAUCACAGACUGUUAAGCAAAAUGAAAGUCACAGAAGGAGUGAACAUCAAACACAUUACACAGGGGAGAACACUUUUUCAUGUUUACAAUGUGGACAAUGUUUUAACAAAAAGUCAAAUCUUGUUGCUCAUGAAAGAAAUCACACAGGAGAGAAGCUGUAUUCAUGUUUAGAAUGUGGAAAACAGUUUAACCAUAAAUCAAACCUUGUUAAACAUGAGAAAUUUCACACAGGGGAAAAGCCAUAUUUAUGUUCAGAAUGUGGGAAACGUUUUGUCUAUAAAUCAGAUCUUAUUACACAUCUGAGAAUUCACACAGGGGAGAAGCCAUAUUCAUGUUCAGAAUGUGAAAAACACUUUAACCGCAAAGCACAUCUUGUUAUACAUGAGAGAAUUCACACAAGGGAGAAGUCAUUUUCAUGCCCAGAAUGUAGGAAAUGUUUUAUAGAUAAAUCAGCUCUUGUUACACAUCAGAGAAUUCACACAGGGGAGAAGCCAUUUUCCUGCUUAGAAUGUGGAAAAUGUUUUAGCGAUAAGUCAGCUCUUUUAAGACAUAAGAAAAUUCACACAGGAAAGAAGCCUUUUUCAUGUUCAGAUUGUGGAAAAUCUUUCUACCAGAAGACAAAUCUUGUUGCACAUCAAAGAAGUCACACAGGGGAGAAGCCAUUUUCAUGUUCAGAAUGUGGAAAAUCUUUCAACCGCAAAUCAAGUCUUGUUACGCAUCACAGAAUUCACACAGGGGAAAAGCCAUUUUCAUGUUCAGAAUGUGGGAAAGCUUUCAACCAGAAAGGAGAUCUUGUUAAACAUCAGAGAGUUCACACAGGGGAGAAGCCAUUUUCAUGUUCAGAAUGCAGUAAAUGUUUUAACCAUAAAUUUGAUUUUGAUAAACAUCAGAUAAUUCACACAGGGGAGAAGCCAUUUUCAUGCCCAGAUUAUGAGAGCCAUUCUGAUGUGCAAUAUAUGGGAAGUGUUUUAGCCAAUAGUCAGUUCUAGUUGGCUAUUAAACAAUUUAGAAAAAUAUUUUAUGUCCACAAUGUGGGAAAUGUUUUAUCCAUACAUCACAUCUACUUAAAUAUUAAAGGGGUUAUGUGAGCCUGGAAAUGACCCCC